UCCUUUGGUGGGAUGAUGAUGGCUUGUUCCGUAACAACCCCAACGUCAAGUCUAUUUUGAGUCUCACAGGUUGCCAAAUAUCGCAGUCUCUGUCUUCGCCAGUCACCUUUUCAAAGUCGCAGGACCAAGCAGCCAGCAUGUUCUUUCACAAAACCCCCGACGUCAUCACCCUCUUCCACAAGGCCAGCUCGCCUGCCUCGAUGCGGAUUCUUGCCGCACUCAGGCAGAGAGCUGCUGCUGCGGUUGAGACUGCAACUGAAGAUCAAGCCAGCAAUCACGCGGCUCAAUCCAAUGAUCGCACUCCCGACUUCGACCUGGAAGUGACCGAGCAGCCUCCAACGACCGACCAGCUGCAGACAAUCCUCAAUUAUGUCGGCAGCCAGCGCAUCUCCUCUGUUAUCAAGGGCGCAACUACCGAGCAGGAGGCUUUGAGGAAGUUCAGGGAGAAUAUCGACAAUUUUCAGAGACCUGUUGUCGACUGGAAUAAUGGCAAGGCACGCGCAAGUGAGAACGAGUCUGAGAUUCUGAAGAUGCUCGAUGAGCUGAAGAAGCAAUGAACUACCUGCGCAUGAACCAAGGUUUCACGUUGCUUCGUCCCUGAUACCUCUUUUAGACCCCACUCCUUGUAUUAUGCAUUAUUCAAACCAGGCCUUGCCC